UUUUUUUUUUUUUUUUUUUUUUUUCAGGUCUUAGCAUGAUGAUCUCCCCCUUUUUUUUUUUUUAUUUAAAAGGGCCCUUUUUUUUUUUCUCUCCUUUCUUAUACAAACACAUUUCCCUUUUUCCCUUAUUUUUUUGAUAAACGUUUUUAUUUGCACACUAGUAAAAGAUUACAUGAUAAAGAUAUGUUGCAUUUAAAGUUUAAUAAAGAAAAUAUCACCAGAGAAGAAUUAAACCAAAUCGAAAAGCGUUUUAAACAGUUUCUAAAAGCCAAGGUCACACCCGAGUUCAACGUUUUAGACUUGAGUCGCACGGACGUUUAUGCCCAUGUUCUCAGUAUAUUUAUUAGACUCAAUGUGCACCGCAUUCUACAAGUGAGCGUUUCCCAAAUACUCGACUUCUUAAUGGAUGUUGCAGAAAAAUACACGGAUGCUCCUUACCACACAUUCUAUCACGCUGCUGAUAUUGUGACGAUGUUGUACUACUUGUGCCAUGACCUCAAUGCAAAUAAAUACUUGACGGAUUUAGAUAUAACGUUUUUAAUGGUGGCUGCUCUGUGUCACGACACAGGUCAUCCCGGUUUUAAUAACGCUUUUCAAAUGAACUCGGAAACUGAACUGGUUGCAAGUUAUGGCGAUAAGUCUACAUUAGAAACUUAUUCUGUCCACUUGACCAUGGGACUACUAAAAAAGCACGGAAUGAACCAUAGGAGCAUGUACACGAUCGUCACUGAUUUAAUCAUAGCAACCGACAUGGCAAAUCACAAUGAAUUAGAACAGCAAGCGAAGCAACUUUUUACCACGUGGAAGAAAACAACAACAAACGAUUCUUGUAUUUCCAUUCACGACAGAACAAGUCUAAGUCGCAUUUUACUACAUGCAGCCGAUAUAAGCAAUAUGGCUCGUCCCUGGAAUAUUUCAAAACAGUGGUCCGAUUUGAUUGUCAAGGAAUUCUAUAACCAAGGCGACGAAGAAAAGAGAAGAAAUAUGACAAUAUCACCUGGCAUGGAUCGUGAGGUCUGUUCACAAAAGUCAAUUAGUUUAAAGUUUGGAGAAAUCAUAUUGCCAUUUUUUGAAUGUUUAGUGAGUUUAUUGCCCAAAUCACAUGUACUAGUUGACUUCCUUGCAUCAAAUCGCAUACAAUGGGAAUGUCUAGAUCUUCAUAGAAAGAGAGAUAUCAGAAGAGUCAGCAGCGAUAUUAUUAUUCAGAAAUCCUCAUCCACAAUUAUAUUUAAAAGAAUAAGACUAGGUUUUAGAAGUCAAAGUUACCCCACUGUAUUAUAUCAUCACCAUAAUAAUAAUAGCAAUUUGCGUUGCCAUCCUAUCAACACCAAUGUACAUAAUAACCUACUGCCAUUAGUGACAUUUAAAUCUUCUUUAAUAUGUGACAAUCAAAAUAAUUUAGAACCCAUUAUACUCUAUCAUCCUUAUGAUCAAUAAUAAAAAAAAAAAGUAUAAAAAGAAG